AUGUUCUUUGAAUAAGCGGUAAUUUGUGAUGUAAAUAUUAGUUAAACGAGGAUGAUGAAUACAAAAGAUUAUAAAAAUUGUCUUUUGGAAUAAAAGAAUUGACUCAUCGAAUUUCUACUCUUUAAACCUUUAAUGACAUAUAAUCAUUAAAAUUAUGUACAAUCUCACAAGUAUAUAUAAGUGAUUUGUUCCUAUCCAUUUCAAUAAAGAAGCGUGGAGCUAUUAGUUUCAAUAUUAUUUGAUAGAUUUUAAAAUCGAUAAUUUGUGAAUGCCUUUCAUUAAGCUGCUUAAGAAAUUGCAUAACUAUAAGAACAAAGAACUUUUCUAAGUUAGAGAUCUUUGUCUAAAAUUUCUUAUAUGUAAGUUAUAUAUAUUAUACAAGUUAUAAUUCAAUGACAGAUUUACGCAAAGGUUCACAAAAUGCACAAUUUUCAAAGUCAGUAAUUAGAAAACUUAUUGAGGCUAAAAAGUUUUGUACCCAAUAUUUGAAAUAGUUUUUUUUAUUGGCAAAUGAUUUAAAAAUGGAUAUAGAAAAAUUAGCAAGAAUUUUUUAAAUUUUUAUAAAAAGUACUCAAGAUUAAGAAUUUCGAUUAAAAAUAAUAUCAAUUUUUAAUGAAUGUAAAAAGGAAAUUUUUGGAAAUAAAGAAUGGGUAACAGCCUAUUAUGAAGAAAUUGAUUAAUGUAUCAAUAAUUAUAGAUAUAUGAGAUUUCAUGUAAAAUCAUAUCCAUAUGCCAAACCAUAACUCAGAAAAUAAUCCGGAUAAAAUAACGAAAGUUGGUUUUUACUUGAUUGAUCAAGAAUUUGAUAAUAAUAGCGAAGAGAGUUAAGAAGAAUCAAUAAGUUAUAUAAUUUAAAAAUGGCUAACCGAAACAGAAACCUAUCAUAUUUAAGAAUUAAAUGAUAUUUAAGAAUUAAAUAAUAUCUCAAACCAAUCAGAAUAUUUAGAAGAACUUAUAAAAUAUGUAACUCAACCAUAAAAGUGUGAUACAUUUAAAUUUUGGGUAAAUAUGAUUCUUUACUUUUUUUUAGGAUAAGUAUAUAAUAGAAUCUUCAUAAGUAACAGAUAAUACAUAUUAUAAAUUUAACUUAAGAAAUUUGAGUGUUUAAGAAACUAUUAGAUCCUAUAAGGCUCUUUAGAUAUUAACAAAGGAAGAAAACGUGUCUUUUUUAAAUUAAGUCAUCCCACAAAAUGUUAUUUAAAUAUGUAAUUAUAACAUUGAAAUUCUUAGUUAAUGGAGUUUAUGAGUGUUUUAAUGAUUCUAGUUCUAAUGCUAAUCUCUAUCAUAUAGGAGAAUUGAUUGAUAAAACAUUAUAAAGAGAACCUAAAUUAGGUGUAGUUUAAAUUAUUGAUUUAAAUCUCUUUUUUUCUUUAACUUAAUACAUUUAUAAUCCAAUGAUAUCAUCAAUAUUAGAAAGUAUUAAAUUAAAUUCAUAUUUAGAUAUAAUUAAUUUAAAAAUUGAUAAAUAUUAAUUAGGAUCCUUUUUUUAAGAAUAGAUUUGGAAAUACUUAUCUAAAAUUCAUUGGUUCAAAUUUAUUGGCAAAAUGAUUUCCAAAGAUAAUUAGCUAACUAGAAUAGAUUAAAGUUCCAAAAGUGAAGUGACUAUUACUAUUUUAUCAACUCUUAAAGCACUUGUAUAAUAUGAAUCAAAAUAAAUUUAACCAAUUAGUGUAAAUUCUGAAGAUAAAGUUAAGUUAACCAAUCUUUUAGGAUCUCUUUAGGCUGGUAAGUCUCCAGAUUUAUUUUACACUACUAAUCAAUAAAAUUGGUAAUUAAAUUUAGAAGUUAAUGAAAAUAUUACAAUAUAUUAAAUAAUUGCUUCAGAUGUAGAUAAUUUAAAAUAAUUUAAUUAAGAAAGAAAUAAUAAUUCAUUUCUUAAAUAAUAUUACUAAGAUUAAAAAAAUCUUAAAUCAAGAAGAUCAAUGAUUAGUUUAAAUGAUUCUAAUAUAAAUUUUAAUAAGAGUAGUAGUUUAUUAUAAGAUAAGAAUAUUGUGUUUACUAAAUCAUUAGAUUCAAAUACUUCAAUUAAUAAUUAUUAAUCAAAUAUUAACAUUUAAAGAAGUUAAGGUAAAAUUUUAGAGAAAUUUGGAUAAUCUAAUUCAUUCUAAUAAUCUCCAAUAUAUUAGGUUGAAUCUCCUGGACUAUAGAUUCUAACAUAAAUAUAAAGAUUUGAGAUAGGUGAUGAACCAAAAUCAUUUAGCUAAAGUAAUCAAAAAAAAUCACCAUUUGUUAAUACUCGAAGUUAUAUAAGGCAUAAGACAGAAGAUCAUUGCACAUUUGAAGGUUUUUCUAGUUCUAAACUUCGAACUAUUUAUCCAAGUUAUAAAACAUUAAUAAAAAAUACUGAAUACUAAAAGUAAUUGGAAAAUUUAAAUUUUAAUUAUAACUAUUUUCUAGAUGGAAUAAGAAUACUUUAAGAAUCAACAAAAUUUAUGAUAGAAUUUUUAAGACUAAAUAAUGAAAAAGUUAAAUAAACCUUAAAUAGAUUAGAUGUAACAUCUGUUUGCAAGUCCUUCUUAAAUGAAGAAUUAUUUAAUAAAUAUUUCUAAAUUUAUUUAUUAAAUAUAUUAGACACAAAAAAAAAUGAAUUUAAUGUAUCUGAUGAUUGUGGAGCAUUUAUAAAUUUUGUAUUUGAAAAUGUAAUUGAAAUUAAAUAGCUAUUCGAGUGUGCAUAGAGCUUAUGUAAUAGCUUUAUGAAAUCAAUCGAGUAUUUAUGUUAGAUUAUUUAUGAAAUUCAUAAAAACCCUUAUGUUCUGGAUAGUGAAACUUUGAGAUUCAAGAAAACAUUGUUAUUAACUACACUUAAUUAUGGAUUUUAAUUAAUUUAUUAAACAAAUUAAGGUUUUAUGGAGAAAUAUAUUGUAAAAUAUCUUAAUGAAAGCGUUCUACAUAUUUUAAUUAUUUGGUUUUUUGAUAGCCAUUCUAAUAAUAUACUCUAAAGGAAUUUUUGCAUGUAAUUAUUAUAAAAUAUAUUAAGUUUUCUAAAUCUUUUAUUAAAUUAGGCUCCUUCAUCAUUAAUAUCUACUAUAUUUUUUAAAAUAGGAUUGAUUUCAUCCUUAUAAAAUGCAAACUAAAAGUUUUUUUUUAAUGGAGUUAAGAACAACGAAAAUUUUAAAGAUUUGUGUUACUAUAUCUAAAUUAUAACAGAAUUGAUUUUAUUUGUAAAAAUAAGAAUUUAUAUGAUUUAGGUUUUAAAAUAAAGAUAAUUGAUAAAUUUAGAAAAGAAUUUAGAGACAAUGGAAUCAUGGAAUAUUUUAACAAAUGGAAAAUCUUAUAUGCCAUUAUAAAUCAAAAAAUUUUAAUCUUUUUAACCUUUAUUAUAGGAGAAUUAAAUAUGUAAAGAAAAGAGUUCUAUGAGCAAUAAUACAUAAAAUGCUUAGAAAUCAAAUGAAAUAAAAUAAAAAGAAAAAAGAACGAGUGAUUUUGUGGGUUAAAGGUAUUAAUUUAUAUUAUAAAGAAAAUCAACAACUUUUAGUACUAAACUUUAACCAUUGAAUCCUGAUUUAGGUAAUAAGUUAAAUUAAUAAAGUUUAAAAGCUUGAUUUGUUGUGCU